UCACCCACGAUGGGGAGAAAGGUAUUAAUAGCAGUGUUGUGCUGCGUGGCGUUUAGUGAGAUCUCAGCAAAAGCCGUUAAAGCAGCUAACAGUGUUGGACUUAUAGAUAAUGUCAGUGCCGAAAGUGUGCCCCAACAGUAUCGCAAUGUGUACUCGUACGCCAGUGCUAACCCGUACGCGGCCUAUUCCUUCCACGUCCCGCAGUUCGUUGCGCCGAAUUUCAACCAAAUUGUUCCCUUGAAUCAAGAGAGAAUACUGGCGCAGAGCACAAACAAUUACUUGAGGGAUUCCUAUGGACAACGACUCGUGGAGGCGCCGCAAGCGUACGCGUACAAGGCUGCAUUGCCUCAACAAUUCGUGCCACUGCAGAAGCUGCCGGCACAUCUUAGCCAGCCCUUUGUAGCGGCUGCCCCGAACGCUCAAUAUGGACAAGCGACCCACUUCUUCGGAACAACACCAUUCAGAUUAGCUAAUUUGCAAGCCAUUUCAAAUCAUCAAGCAAACCCAUUCGGUGCCCAACAACCGUUAGUAUACGCCCAGAAUGUAAGGACUCUAGUUGCGGCACCAGCGUCGAAACCUCAGGCUAAUGGACAACCCGUCGCUCAGCAGCAAUCUACAAGCAACAACAAUGUAUACGCUAACAUUCUCAAGGCCGGUCAAUAUAAUCAAUUUUGGAAGGAACCGAAUCCCCAAAUAAUACAAGGGGAUCCUAAAAUUUCAGCUAGUGACCAUCAAGAAAAUCAACAAAGUUUACCUCUGGUACAUGCACCUAAACAAACUACGAUUACUUCUUUUACUAAUGGCAAGAAAACGGUCGUAAAUUUGAUCACUAAACCACCAGUGCCUCUUCUUGAUUUGACAUUGCUAGAACCGUUGACUUUUGACAAUCCAUUAGUGCCACAAGUGCAACACUUUUUGCCAAAAAUACAUUCAGUUACUUAUAAAAAAUUGCCAGAAUUAAAUCAGAAAAAAGUUGUUACUAUAAAAAGGAAGACGACAAAAAAGAUCAAGAAACAAAAAAAACCCAAGAUCGCUCAAGACGAGAUCGAAGUUAACCAUACUCCCACUAUAAGUGAUGUCAAACCUGAAAUUUCCUAUGAGAUUAAUUCUCCAAAUUACAAAGAGACGUACACAGAGAAAAAACUGACUUACAAUAAGGAAACCCAGUCGAAACCAGUUCAUGUAAGCUAUGAGAAGAAAACUGAGAUGAAGCCGGUGACUUAUUCUUAUGGGAAACACACACAAAAGGAGCCAGUGCAUUAUAACUACGUGCAUAACUCAAACGAGCCUGCUAAACUUAAACAAGCGUAUCUUGAGGAUAAUAAAGAGAAAACGAAACACCUUAUUUACCACUUUUCGCCUGAGGAGCAAAGUGAUGUACAGAACGAGGAAAAUAAUUCUGAGUCCCCUAUAGAGUCCGUAGAAAUUUAUGAAGAUGACCCAAAUGAAAGUGACUCUGAAGAAGGACGUUUGCAACAACAACAACACGAACAUCAGCAAGUACAUCAGCACCAACAACAUCAGCAACAACAGCAGCAUCAACAACAUCAACACCAACAACAUCACGAACCUCAACACCAGCAACACCACGAACCCCAACACCAACAACAUCACGAACCUCAACACCAACAAUAUCAUGAAAACCAAGCACAAAACCAUCACCAUCAACACCAUCAACCACAACAACAACACAAACAACACCACCUAGAUUACAAUAAAAAUCACGGUUCACAUCAUGGUCCACAGCACGAGAAACCACAGCAUCAACAAUACCACCCAGAAUACAAACAACAACACGACGAACGCCAACACCAUGAACCACUACAACGCCAACACCACGAACCACAACAACGCGAACAUCACGAACCACAGCAGAACCAAUAUCAACAACAUAAGAAACAUGAUCAAAAACAAAAAAUACAUGAUAAUGCAAAGCACGAGUUAGCAGAAGAGGCUUACAAUCAACCCGACCAAAACUAUAGAGAAGAACCUGAACCUGAACAUAGAGAAGUAGCUUACUAUGAGAAUUCAAAGGAAAAUGUUGAACCUGAGCACAGACAGGAUGCAUACUACGAAAAUCCCAAAAAUGCUUAUGUAGAGGCACAGGAAGAAUCUCCAGAACCCAUUAUACAUAAGUCGUCACCUCAACAGGAAGAAAAGCAGUAUGAAGCUAUAGUUCCCGAGUAUGAAGAAGAUAUAACAAUACUACCAACGCAUAAACCUCAUGCUCCCAUACGAGGCUCAAACAAUAAACAUAGGUCACACCCAGAACCUCAGAGUGAAGAAGUGCGUUAUGAUUAUCCUAAAUCGUAUUAUUCUUCUCCCGUGUCUCAAGAAAAAUCUAAUCGUAUAAUAAUUAAGGACGAUCACCCGAAACCCCCUCAAGAAAUAUACAAACCUAACGACGAGCUCAUAGAAGCGAUGGUGAAGAAGCAGGAAGAAAGUGAGGAUGAUUUCGAGCAGGCAUAUAAAGAUGCAGCUUAUGGGUUCCCUGCAUAUGAGUCGUCCGUUAGAAACACUGACAAAGAGAAAGAGAUUUACAACCCAGCGAACUAUGGUGUUGCCCGAUUCCAUAAUGAUUUUGACGGAGAAAAAAGUCAAUUACGACAAUACGAGGCCGAAGGCGACGAAUAUCCAACACAAAUGCGCUCAAACUACAAAGACACCAGAGACAAAACAAAUGAAAAUUACUAUACAGACUAUGCAGAUAGCGGACCCCAGAGCCUAAUCGAUAGAAAGAAGCAAAAGGAACAAUAUUACGACAGUUAUAACGAGCACAAACCGCAGAAAUAUUAUGCCAAAGACGAUUCAGAUAACCAGCAAAGCGCGAAAUUCACUGUAGGCUCUUCUUUUAGCUAUCCUGGAGCUCCACAAAAACAGUAUGCGAAAUUUACAAGCAGGAUUACUCCCUUAGACGAGUAUAACUAUGGCAAGGAAAAACCAAGCGAUAGUUCCGCUUUUGGAACAGGGACUUACUCUAAAACACAAUUUUUGGAGCCGCAUUAUCAAUACGGGUUCGAGCCCAUAAGGGUGUCUCGGUUAUUGGAUCGUGAAUUAGCCGCUAUGGCAAGCGACCAUAGUCCCGAAACCAUUAAAAAAAUGUACAAAGAAAACUAUUUUAUAGAAAAAUCUAGUACUUCAAAAGGCGAAAAAUUAACAAGCUGA